AUGUUGAGUACUGUAUGCCACAAUUACAAGUUUGACCUUGACUCUUGGUCACGAGAGGAGGUUUUCGAAUACAAUAAAAUCAAAUGCUUCUGCACUAAUUUAUUCCCACUUCAUUUUAUGCGCGUAUUGAAUAAAAUUUACAAUCUUAGUCUGCGUGUGUGCUCAAAAAUGUCUACAGCAAAGUCAGAUGAUCAUUGGAAAAGUAUACUUACUCCUGAACAAUAUCGAGUAGCACGACUUAAAGGCACUGAAGCACCUUUCACUGGUGAAUACUAUCAUAAUAAAGAAACUGGUGAAUAUCUUUGUGUAUGCUGCGGUUCAAAAUUGUUUGAGUCGUCUACAAAGUAUGACAGUGGUUCAGGUUGGCCAUCUUUUUAUCAAGUGUAUGGAUCUGAUGGACGCGAUGAUUCACAAACAAAUAUUGUUCGAACAGAAGAUAAUUCACUCGAUAGUAAACGGAUAGAAGUUUCUUGUAAACAAUGUAAUGCUCAUUUAGGCCAUGUAUUCGAGGAUGGACCUAAACCAACUGGUUUACGUUAUUGCAUCAAUAGUGCAUCAUUGAAGUUCAAAAAGACUGAAUAAUUUGACAUGAAGAAAUAGCAAACCUCAACGUUGAAGUGGUUGAUAACUUAGUCUUUACACAAAUGAUGAAUAAUGUGCUACAAAUUUGACUCUUUAUGUGUGUGUAUUUAUGUGUUGUUAGUCUCAUAUGUGAAUAAAUUCAUUCGACUGCCUUUUAUCUUUGUAAAGGAUAAAUGGUUCCUUUAUUAUAGUAAUAAUAAAAUAUAAUGCAUAUUUAUGCAUAUAUAUUAAAUUGUUUUGACG